AUGGCUAUCGUCAAACCCGCAUUUACGGAAGAACUCACUCAGGACCCAACGCCUCCGAGUCCACAGCAAGACAAAGUGUCAGAAGAUGAAGAUCAGCAAGAUGGUGUUCGAGUCGCUGAAGCCGUCACUAAGACGUGGUCGAAGAAGUACCUGAUUUGCGCAUAUGCUAGUAUGUGGCUGGUAUACUUUACCAAUUACCUCAACAGCAGUUUGACUUCGAAUCUGUCGGCCUAUAUUACAAGUGGUUUCUCGGAGCACUCGCUGCUGUCCGUCAUCUCUGUCGUCACCAGCGUCAUGGGUGCGGCGUGUUUGAUGCCAAUAGCUAAGGUCUUGAACCUGUGGGAUCGGACAACUGGGUUCAUCAUCAUGAUCCUGAUUGCUAUAAUGGGCUUGAUUAUGAUGGCUGGUUGCCAUAAUAUUGCGACGUAUUGUGCUGCCCAAGCAUUCUAUACCGUCGGUUUUACUGGAGCAAUUUUCUGUAUUGAUGUGAUGACCUCCGAUACUUCAUCGCUUCGCGACCGAGGUAUCGCUUUUGCGUUCACCUCUUCUCCUGGCAUGAUCACUGCGUUCUCAGGCUCGCCUCUGUCAAACCAGUUUCACGAAACAAACUGGCGUUGGGCCUACGGAACAAUCUGCAUCGUUCUCCCUGUUGUCGCGUCACCCUUGAUCGUGGUAUGGCAAUUGGCCAAAAGAAAGGCAGCCAAGGAGGGCCGACUACACUAUAAGCCCCGGAGCACGCGAACUUGGCUUGACAGUAUUCGGUUCUAUGUUAUCGAAUUCGACAUUAUUGGCAUAUUCCUCAUGAUCGGAGGCACGAUUCUCUUCCUGACAUCUUUCAACAUUGCCGGCAACACACAAGGCCAGUGGAAGUCUCCUAAGAUCAUUGCCAUGAUGGUAGUUGGAUUCUGUGUCUUAGUGGGCUUCGCCGUCUACGAGCGAUGGUUGGCCCCGAAGCCCUUCAUCCCAUACCACCUCCUGACCGACCGCACUGUUAUUGGAGCUUGUCUAUUGGACAUAACCUACCAGGUCUCCUACUACUGCUGGGCCAGCUACUUCACCUCGUACCUGCAAGUUGUGUACAACACCAGCCUCACGCAGGCCGGGUAUAUCAGCGCAAUCUUCGAUUUCAUGGACCCGAUUUGGUUGAUUGCCUGUGGUUUCUGCAUCCGCCAGACUGGUAGGUUCAAGUGGCUCCUGUGGUUUGCUGUCCCGCUAUACCUUCUGGCUAGCGGACUCAUGAUCUACUUCCGCAGUCCGGGCCACAGCGUCGGGUAUCAGUGCAUGUGUCAGAUAUUCCUCGCCGUCGGAGGUGGUACGCUUAUCCUGAUCGAGCAGAUUGCUGUGAUGGCUGCGUCCACUCAUGAAGAAUACGCCGCCAUGCUGGCGCUGCUGAGCACUUUUGGAAACAUUGGUGGUGCCGUUGGUAGUAGUGUGUCGGGUGCUAUCUGGACGAAUACACUCCCUGGCAAGUUACGCGAGUACCUACCAGCUGAGUUGAAGGACCAGUGGUCUGUUAUAUAUGAGGAUUUGGAAACACAGCUGAGCUACCCGGUUGGGUCGCCUGCUCGUAUCGCCAUUCAAGAUGCUUAUGCAUUCAGCCAGAGGAACAUGAUGAUUGCUGGCACUGCUAUUAUGGGGCUUUCGCUUGCUUGGGUGGCAAUUAUGAGGAAUAUCAAGGUGCAAAACGAUAAGGACUUGAACAAGGUCCUGUUUUAG